UUUGUGCCCUUUCAGACUGUUUUGGUCUUUUCGCUGUUAGCAACGGAAAGAACCGAGAGAGCUGCAAAACCUAUUUUCAGAUAUAAUCGAUUUUUGUUAGGAUUACACAACUAAUUGACAAAAGGGUGUAACACUUAUGAUCAUUUCGGAAGAGUGAUCGGCGCGUGUUGUCUUUUUUAAUCUAUUUUUUUCUCUGUUUUAAUAGGAAUUGUACAGAUUGCUAAUUUGGCUAGCAGCAGCAGCUCGCCUCUUUAGCAUAGCAUCUUCACUCAGAUAGGCACAUUGACAUUAGCCUGCUAGCUAGCUAGCUAAGUUAGCCGUUUAACGUUAGCGAGCUGUCACCAAACCGCACGCCGUCCCGUCAUCAACAGCUUGUGGUGUGAAGCUGGUCGUUUUCAAACGCCGUCUUUUAUGGGAUCACCAUGUCAAUGAAGGCCGGUGGAAAUCGCAGCAAGCCCGGCGGUGGUAACGCCGCUGGUACCGCCGCCUCCGGUGCCGGAGGAAGCGGCGGGGGAAGACAGAAUAUGGGCAGGUCUGUGGCUUUUAAACAUCUAGAUAGCGAAAUGAAACACAACAGCAGCGUUUAAUGUGGUCAGGUUUGAGUAAUUGUGUACAUUCACGUCCAUCGGUGGCGGUUUUGAGAGAUGACAUGCCCGUUAGGUGUUCCAAAAGUAGUAUACGUGUUAGUGUGGCCCUGAUACGCGCUGUCCAUCCUCUCCAGCUAGUGAGGCCUGCCUGCUCUGUGCUCUGCUUCAAUCAUGUUGCAACUUCGUCGUGAGGCUAUCUCCUCUUGCACUGUAAAAAAAAAAAAUCGCUUUCUAGCUACGCAUUUUCAUUCGUCUGAUCAGGCAGUCAUGUGUGGAGCUUGCCGAGUCAGCUUGGAGCCAAUUCAGCUAACGUUAAUUAGCCAUUUGACAGCCCAUGCUUGUUAUUCAGUGCACUUGCCUCAUUCACUAUUACAACAGCUAGCAAAUGGGGGCAAGCCUGUGCGACCCCUUCCAGCCUUAGGAGAUUAUGAUCAGGCACCUGUGUUUGUUUUCCUUGUACUGUCAUAUUGCAUUGGUACGUUACCGCAAUAUUGCUGCAACGGGCUUGCCAAGAAAUUGCUAUAAAGCGUGUGGGCGCACGAGAGAGAGAGGGAGAGAGAGAGGGGCGGGUGUGGAGGAGACGAGGGUGAAGAGGAGAAGGGGGAAUCAUAGACCGACAGGCUUUCAACCUUGACGUUGCUGCUACUGCUGCUGCUCGAGUGAAUUAGUGUCCUUGAAGCAUGACAUUUCUCUUAUAUGUUGUCCUAAGAUGAAGCUAACGCGUACUGUGAGUGCUGGAGCUGCAUGCGCAUUGUGCUCAUAGGAGGUGUUCAUACGGUCAGGCUUCUAUUCACCGGUCACUAGGACAGUACGUCCCAUUCAUUGCGUAGGUUUUUAUCUUUUGGGGCCGUGCGAAAAAAUGUGAAAUAAGACUGAUCGAGUUUGACCCGUGCACUGCAAACCAGUAUGUUAAAUUUCGAAAUGACUUGGAUUUCUUCUUGCUAUAAUCAUUAGGAAACAGGACUUCACAAUUGAGCCUAUUAUUCACAUACGACAAUGGAUAUAAUGUAGGGAAAGUGGCCGUUGCCCACAUUGUAUCGGGUGUGAAUGCUUGGCUACGUGCCAGCUGCUGAACAAGGUGCAUUUUAGGACAUGCUUUGGGGAAAAAAAAUGUAGGCUUCUGAGCAUUUGGUAGGCAGCUGCUUGAACAUUUUUCCGCACAGCAGAAUACCUAAAUCCAUGAGGGAUUUCCAAAUCUUACACAAAAUUAGAUAUUAGACCUCGUCACGUCUCGGAUACUUACAUCAUAGCCUGCUGAGAUUUUAAUCUUACAUGUCACAGCUUUUAACAGUGAGUGCUGUCCAGGAAGCAGCAGUUUGUGGUGAUAAGGAUGUUGAGUUUGACAAUAUUGAUGUUUUUUUUUUUAUUUUCUCAGGGGCAGACACAGUGGGAAAAGUCCUGCUGCAGUAAGUACCAAUCUAUACACAGAUUUGUAGUUUUGCUGAGUGUAGUAUUCUAUCAAAGAGAAGGAGUUGCUGUGUCAAUAAAGUGUGACAGCAUGUUUUUGUACACUUUUGCUUCAAGUGAAUUUCAGAUGAUGUGCAAAUCAAGUGAUUGACUGUAGAGAUGAGUUAUAAGUGUCACACAGCUUUAGAUGAGGAAUAUCAGGUGUUAAAGAUGUGUAUGUGUGUGUAUUUCUUUUAGGUAAUUUUCAAUGGUGUAUAUGCAAAUAUGAGGAUGGUCCACGUCUUGACUUCAGUGGUGGUAUGUUCACUAUCUGUCUUGUGCACUUUUGAUAUACUUAACAUGUUAAGACAUAUCAAGUAGUAGUCAUAGUUCUGAACUUGGUCUUUAAUGUAGAGACAAAUACAUAAAUAAGCACGGCUGUGGAAGAAAACCCAUGUCUGAAACAACAAUAUGGAUAAUGUGUAGUGUAAAUGAUUUUGUCACAGCAGUAAGUCCUGCAGUCUGUCUCUGGCCGCCUGCUGUUUCUUCAAAAUGUCUACACAGCUAUAAACAAAGCCUGUGUGAUUUGUAGGGACAGCUGGUUGCAGAAACAAAGCAGAGAUUUAUCAAUCAUUUGUCUGCUUUACAGCAGAUGGUUUACUGAAUUUAUUUUUGAAAUGUGUAAGGAGACACUGACACUUAAUUUGAUGAGCACGAAAUUCAUACAGUGAAUAAUGAUGCGCCUGUUUAUUUAUAGGGGGCCAAGUGUGAGCUGAAAGUGAAAAACGGAGCAAUCUAUGAAGGAGUAUUUAAGACAUAUGGUCCAGAGGUAAGCUUCAAACUAUGCGAUGAUGUUCAUGGGUGCUAGAUCUGUGACUGGCUCUAAAGUAGUAGUAGUAGUAGUAGUUGUAGUAGUGAUAAUAGUUAUUGUCAACUGCAGCGGGAGAAUUGCCCAGCCCAAUAGCAGCUUCACCCCUGAGGUGGUUUACACAAAGUUCGCCCUUUCUAUCUCUCCUUUUAUGGAGGAGAGGUAUGUGGCCCUUCAUCUUCCCUUUUAAGUUGAUGUACUCUCCAUUCUUUCUCCAGUGGGAGAAAUUUAACUUUGCACAGAUGAAAAGCUACACCGGAGCAAGUCUUGCAGUUUCUUACCAGCUCAUUUGUCUUGAACUAUAGCCCCGUUGCUUUUGUACUUAACUGCAGUGUUGAUUGUUAAUACAUCUCUCUUUUAUCCGUUUUAAAAGGUUGUGCGAUUAACACCGACUACGGCUGGCAGGAUACUCCCAAAUAAAUAGAAUUUGGUUUGCUUUCAGGCAAACACACCACUUUGUUUUGGGAGCAGAACAAAGCAUCACAUUUGGCUUUUAUUACCACAGUGUGCGCAAGCUGAACAGUCAAACAUGGUGAAAUAUUCACCCAGCUGUACUCACCACCCCUCUGUACACUGUCUCUUUGUCAACAAUGUAAUCUCUGGCUACAGGACCUGUAUUUUCAAUUUUCUCUCAUGGUAUUGCACUAGUUCUUGAAUAACUUAUAAUAUUAAAAAGUAUUUAUAAGAAAUUGGAGGUUAUUUCUGCCCCUAUUGCAACUCACAAGCUCCUCCAUCUGGUGUGAAAGCAAAUAAAUAAUCUCAGUUAUUUAAUGUCAGUCAAAACUUAAGUUUGUGUUUGCUGUCAGCCAAGAGACCCACAGAGAGAUUCCUGUGGUUCAUUUUUAUGUAAGCGCACUGGGCCAAGUUGGCAGGUUUUCAGUCCAAUCAAACACACCAAGGAGUAUAUCUGAUGACUUUUCCUUUAGUUGUGCUCAUCAUGAUUGUUUUUGAUUGUGUUUAAACACUUUCUUUGUCAAGUAAAAAGAAACAGCAGUAAAGAUGAUCUCAUUUUCUUUUUUUUUCUAACAAGGUCAAAAUGAAAGGAUAUAGUCAGUAUGCCAAAAUGUAAGAAAAAACACAAAUCCUCCUUAAGGAGCUACGGCUAGAAAAUACUUCUUGAUGUUUCUGCAUUAUAUAUGCGCUGGAAUAAAUUUAGUGAUAAAUUAUUGAUAGACUUUAGUUAUGUUUCUCAGUUCAGGUGCUACAGUGUUUGCUUGAUGAAAUGGUGCGUGUUGCAACAAGUUCCCCAUCCCUGAUGAUUCCUCAUCUCUCCUGUCUCAAUUUAAGACUUUGGUCAGAUUGCCCUUUUACCUGAUUGAGUAAACUUUCCCCUGCAGUGUGACUUGGUGUUGGAUGCAGCCCACAGAAAGAGCCCAGAGCCGAGCAUAGCCCCCAGAAAGGAGGAUAUUGUGGAGAGCAUCAUUUUCAAGGCCUCAGACGUUGUAGUCGUCACCUUCAAAGAUGUGGACCUGAAUUUUGCCAGAAAAGGUAUUGACAGCAUUUGUGUUGACCAUUUUUUCGUCCAAGCACACAAAAACAGCAGUCUUUUUUUAAUCUAGUCUAGUUCAAACUGAAACUCUUGAAGGGCACUCAGUGGAACUUGUGUCAGUUUCUCACUUUGUAUUCACUCCAUAGACACACACAGAAACAAAACAUGCAAGAGUGAAUACCCAUCAGUGAACACACACAACAUAUUGAUCUUCCUCAGUCUGUAUUCACUACCUUGAUGUCACUGAGGCUUUGCCAUGAGUUACAUCUUGUGUGUCUGCCCUGAGUGGCCAGUCAUUGAAGACUAAUGUGAUCUAUUGAUUGGUCCGAAGGUUGCCCUGGCGCAGCAAGGACACUCAAUAAAGGCUGAAUGAGUCUUCUUCAUCUAAUUCAUCUUGACCCACACUAUUCUCCUCUCGGCGAAAGUGGACAGUGUGGGAGGGUUGAACUUUGUCAAAAUGAGCAAAGGUGUGAGGGUCUCACCUCAUGAUUUCAAGAGAUGGUGUCACUUCUGCCAAUGCAAUCUUGUUACAUUCAAUAAUUGUGGAUUGACUGGAAAUUUCACAGUAAAGUCAAAUAUCUAGCGCGCCACUGGUAAGAUGUAUGAUCUCUAGUUGUGCUUAAUUUGAAUGGGACUCGUAUCACCCAAGGACUUAAUGUGCUUUGGAAAGUACUGCUCAGAAAUAUCUUUUUUGUUUUUACAAGGCACAUGCUGUUCACCAGUUGAGCAGCUGAAAUGAAAAACACAGGCAGUGUGGUGGAUAUGACUUGACUUAAGAAUGAAAAUCACACUUUGGUAGUAAAAAAUAAGAAUGAUGUAGAAUUUUCAUUGGGACAUGUCUGUAAAUAUAAUGCCUCCUCAAAACUGUUUAGGAAGUCAUCUGUUAGUGUGAUGGCCAGUCAGUCAUUCUGUCCUUUGGUCCAUCUUCUGACUCUGUCAUCUGUCUGUCUCUCCUCCUUGAUGGUCUAGUCUCCUCUGACUCAGGUAAUGUUAUAUGGCUGUUUUCUCUUCUCUUACGUCUCUUUUUGCACUCAAAACAAAUCUGUGAAGCUCUUCUCGAGGCUUGAGGCUGAACUGUUUCCCCCUUUGGCUGCAUUUCGAAUCAAACUUUAAAUUUUGGGAUGAAUUACUCUAAAACAUUAAAAUAUCAAUGCGGGUCAUUUUUGCUUCAUCGUCUGACAAGAUCCUUUGUUGUGUUUUGAGUGGAUGUUGCUUUCGGUGGAAGGGUCGCCCUUCAAUGCUGCUAAGUGAGGCUUUUACUUUAGAUAACAGCAGAGGCUGAAAUAGAGGCCUGUCUCAGCCAUGAGAUAAGUCUUUGGACAUUAGGCAUUAAGCUCACUUAUGAAGGGAUCGAAGGAUGUGUAGGAUACAUAAAUCUUGUAGUGUAACUGCAGAAAAUUAAUACUUGUUUUAUGUGAUUCAUUAGCUUGGCUGCAGUUAGAAAGCAGCACACGUAUGCCCUUUGUAAUUUAGGCCACAGAUGAGGGACAUUUUGGUUAUUAGUAUAAUUUUUUAUCUGACCUCUACAGAAAUAGUUCCGUUUUCCUAAAGAUGGGGUUUCACUGUAGCAUGUAAGCUGUACGGGAAAGGGAAAUUUCAAGCCUCUAAAUAUGAUUCCAUUGAAAGCAACAGAUUGAAAUCUCACAAAGCACAUAAGAACCGAAAUCGGCAUCCUGAGUAUUGUCCAAAAAUCAAGCUACAGCAGGAUGUUUAACUUUGACUUAGCCCUGAGGUGUUUUGAGGUCAUGUAAAUGACUGCCAUCUAAAUGCAUGUUUGCUUACCCCUCACUCUGCCCUCAUUUAAUGAUUAAAUGUUAUUUUUACACACAAUCCCCUGAAUGGAUGAUGUGCAACGAGCAUCUCAGCAACCUCUUACUAAAACAGUCCGGGCGUCUUCUAUCAACAUUCUGUAUGGUGCCAACCUAAUACUUCUGAACUUGCUCUGUGCCAGAAAUGCUUCGGAUGAGUUUGGACGGCAGAGUUAUGCAACUCCAGGUGGCUGAUAUGCUUUAUGCACAAAGUCCAUUGGUGCCACUUUUGAGAAUUUGAGAGCAGACUUGGGCUGACAUGAGAUGAGAAUUCCUUUCAGAAGUAAUUGGGUUUUUUUUUUUUUAUCUUUGGGCAUGCAUGUUUGUGGUUUAUGUGAGUAAACCAAAGCAUGAAAUUUUUCAGUUUACUGGAAUAUCCCAAAGUGUGUGGGGUGAGAUUUUCUCUUUAAGAUGCCGCCGUGAUGAUGUUUGAUUCAUUAAUUAUAAAAAACAUAUAUGGCAUUUUAGCAACUGAGUCUAACCUAUUUUUGAUUUAUCAGUGAAAAUAGUCUCCUUAUCUUUUAGUUUGAUUUGAAUAAACCAAAAACAUUUCAACUUUCUUCUACGUCUUUACAAGGCUGCUUCUGCUCACCCUGCCAGAUCUCUCAGGCUUUACCAUGGCCGACUCGAGCAAUAACUGAAAUUAUUUUGAAAGGAUUUCUCCCAGUCUAGUCAGUCCCAUGUCUGGGUGUGAGUGGGUAUGCCUAGUGGACCACCUCUACCUCUCUAUCAACCUCCGCUGUAAGAGCUUGUAGCAGAAGCUCCCGAGGCAUGAACGCUUUCCUGCAUACACAGUGCGAGUGCAGCCAUGUGACCGUAUACCGUCAUGAGCUUCUCUGUGUGUGGAUGGGUACGCGCGCGCGUGUGUGUGUGUGUGUGUUUGCGUGAGGAAGUCUGCUGUACAUAGAUAUGUGUUCUUUGUGUGUGCCGCAGACAAUUUCACAGAUGCAGCAGUGAGCAGCAGGAUCAAUGGCGAGCAUAAAGAGAAAGACUUAGAGCCCUGGGAUGGAGGCGAGACCCACAACUCUGACAGCCUGGAGUCUCUGGAUACAGAUGUGGUGAGAAAACAGACACAGACUCAACAAACCAGUGAUGAUGCACUUGUCUUGUACAUUCAAGGGGGAAGGUUUUGGGUUGUGUGGCGAGAUACACAGCAAUGGAAAACUGUGUGUGUGCUUUCUCUGUAUCCACUUAUAUCUCUGUCUUCACAGUCCAACGGAUGGGACCCUAAUGACAUGUUUAAGUUCAAUGAAGAGAAGUAUGGAGUCUUGUCCACAUAUGACAGCAGCCUGUCCACAUACACGUAAGUCAUUACAUCAAAUCAUUACGACUACUGGUCAGUAAAGCCCCCAUCCAGCUAGUUUUACUUCCUGGUUAUUAGGUAAUGCUAUUUCUAAAACAGAGAAUGUGGGUUGAUGGAUAAUAUACUUCCUCUGAACACUGGGUAAUUAACAUUGACAGGAAAUGACUCGGUCAAUAUAAAAUAGCUUAACAUGCACCAUACUAUGGAGCAGGGCUUUAACCCACGCCGUUUCAUCCUGUGAUCUUGUCUAGACUUUAUAAAAAAGGGAGAAAAGUAGAAUUCAGGCCUUCCCUGGUCAUUCAAUCAUCUUGCUGCCAUUGUCUGACCUGAGCUUGUUUCCCAGGGUCCCUUUGGAGCGGGAUAACUCUGAAGAGUUCCUCAAGAGGGAGGCACGCGCUGCCCAGCUAGCGGAAGAGAUUGAGGCCAGUGCCCAAUACAAGGCCCGUGUGGCCCUGGAGAAUGACGAACGCUCUGAGGAGGAGAAAUAUACCGCUGUGGUGCGAGGAGAAAGGGAGCCUCACACGCUAAGCAGGUGAGGCGGGACACAGGUGCAAAUCUAAUACUAGCUUCACACUGUUUGGAGGGGGACUAUUGAGUCAGUGCAGUUCUCAUUGUUGAAAAUAAUUCUCAUUUAAAACACAGCAGCAGAGGAAAUUCAUGGAGCUGGCUUAGCAUCCAACUUUAGUCAGCAGUUAAUGUUUGCAGAUGUCAUCACCUUUGGGAACAUACACAGUCCAUGCUUUACCACAAUAAAUGAAUAAGUCUUUUGACUAGGAGCAUAACGCUGAUGCAGUGAAGUGACCAUGAGUUUGAGCAGAGGUACAGGGAUUCCUGAUGUGCACCAAAUGUUCUGGGUCGUAUAUUAGAGCUAUUGUAGUAAGGGAAUUUCCCCUGCGGUGAUUGAAGGUUUCUCACACCAUAGUUUGCAGUCUAUUUACUUAUAAAUAGUUAAUUAUCGGUGUUAACGUUUUUUAUUUAUUACUUACGUUUCAGUUUCUUCAUUGUUAGCAUUUUUCACGUUACUCGAAUUCACUGCAGGAACACUGCUCUAGACUGUCUAUGCUGGAGCGGGCAGCAUGUGUGGCUAAGGACUGGGCUCUAAAAAGCAGCCUUAAGAGCAGUUAGGGAGCAGAAUGAGACGGUUCUUUCUGAGCCAAAUGAUCUGGAUGACUGAGAAGAGCUUGACUUUCCAUAAUUAGCAGCAUUUACCUGGUGGAUGUCUACCUAAGAGAGAGGAAGGAUUUAAAGCUAUCAAGUUUUUUUUUAGCAAGGUCAUCUGGCCUUUUUUAAAUUUGAAGUACUUCAUCGAUGUUCGUGCAUAUAAUAAUGUGUAACUUUCAAAAGGUUUUGACCUUUACAGUAACUUGUAUUGAUUUGUUUUCUGUUCAACUCAUACUGCAUGUCACAUUUUUGAGUAUUGACUUGACUGCUGGUUUUCCUCUGAGGAAAACGGCCCCAUCCCCUCAUCCAGAUACUAUUUAGCAGCACCUUGAAGGCGUUUAUGUCUGUCACUUGCACUGUUGUGUUUGGCAACUCGGGCAAAGGCUUCAUUUUACUCCCAGCUGGCUGCUACAUGAGCUGUUCCACUGCUCUGUGGCGGAGGGGCCAGCAGCUUCAACUUGUCAGCUGAGCGGUAACUGGCUAGGUGAAACCUCAAAUUCUCAUUUCUAGGGAUCUUUUCAGGGCAGAUUUUACAUACCAUCACAUCUGAACUCGCUGGUUCUCCUUUUUCAUUCGGCUGAAAGCUGAAACCAAAGGGGGAAAUCUAAACCUGAAUCUGAUUUGGGGUGAGGAGUUGUGUGGUUGCCUACCAUGCUUCAAGUCUGUUAAUACCAGAGUACUGAGUUUACACGGUAACAUCAGGUUGUAGAUAGGGCUGGGCGAUAAAGGAAAAAGUUUGUCAUGAUGUAUUUUUUUCAUAUCAGCUGAUAUCAAUAUGUAUCUUGAUAUAAAAAUUUUUAUUGUCAAUCUUAAAUGUUCCCUGUUACUCUUAAAUGAAAUUCAACAUGAAAACCAAAAUACCUCCACACCACCAACGUUUUCUUGCCAGUGUUGUCGACGAUGUCAUCAUCUGUUGAGCCUUCAUCUGCAUUUCUGCAGAGGGUAGCACCUAUUUUCUUUUUUUCUCCAAGACAGUGCUGUCAGCUUCACCUGCUAAAGUGCUAUAGUUGCGUGUAGCUGCAGCCUGCUACGAUGACGUUAUUUGCUACUUGGUUCUAAUUCAGCACAUGAUUGGUUCAGUGUGAAGCGGACCCGGAGCAACUAUUCAUAUAGUCUACCAGAACAUGGCAGAAUGCCGGCUAUUGAAAAGCAUAUUGACCAUGUUUCACACCCAUAUCAAGGGGAAUUAAUUUUUGAUAUAUAUCAUUAUCUUUUUAUCGCCCAGCCCUAGUUGUAGACCAUAUGCCAGAGUUUUUCUGGAAGGAAAAGCUUUUACCAUUUAAUUAUAGAGAUUUGAGUUUCAGUGUGUGUAUCACUUUUACGAAACGCUUGUGAAUAAAUUAGGCUGUGCAAUAAAAAGGCUGAACAUCAAGCACCAGAAGAAUAAUUAAACUUAACUCAAGAAGAAAACUCAGUUCCAGUGAAAUCACAAAGAAGAUAGCAGCUGUUUCUAGAAAAAUGCUCCCUCAGUAGGAGAAGAAAACAUGCUCAUUUUGGCUGAGAAAGAGAACUUGGCUGAAUGUUAUAAAGUGUAGUGUUAAUAUCUCUCCUGUGUUACCUCAGCUGUCCUCUCUGCCUCUACUCUAAACCUGUGUGUGUGUUUGCGUGUCUCUGUGCUUUCAGAGAGAAGUACAUUCCUCCAGGCCAGAGAAACAGGGAGGCAAUGUCGUGGGGACCAGGACGUCAGAAUUCCCCCCGUUUGGCUCAGAGCUCAGCUGGGUCCUCAGCUCCUCGACCAGGACCUCACGACUACAGUCCCAGUUCUGGGGCUGACCAGAGGGUGGUCAAUGGAGGUAAGAGUAAUACACCAAACACACAAACCUGUUGCGUUUUUUAAUAUACAGAGGUGCAUGUGAAUGUUACCUUCUACCUUUUUCUCUUCAGAGCGUGAGGUAACUGGUUUAGAGUCUAAAGGAUUGUCAUAUUUGUUGCAGCUGAUAUUUAAUUCAUAAGUUUAUUUCACUAAAACUUUCAAUCAUUUUAAUCAGUCAGUCGUUCCUGCCUUGCCUUUCUUUCCCAUGUUAAUACAUUUGCUGUUUCUUUCUGUCCCUGAUGUACUUUUUUCCCCCUGUGUGUGAACUGGUUGUCAUCUGUUGGUUGUCAUCCUUUUAUCAUUUGUCCUUCCCUCCUUUUAGGUUCAUCCCAUUGGCCCUCACCCUGUCCAUCUCCUUCCUCCCGCCCCCCCUCUCGUUACCAGUCUGGCCCCUCCUCCCUGCCUCCUCGGGCGACCACGCCCACCAGGCCACCCUCCAGACCCCCCUCUAGACCUUCCAGACCUCCCUCUCAUUCAUCCCACCCUUCCUAUUCCUCCUCCUCAUCCUCCUUUUCCCACCAUGGGCCCACGUCUCCAGCCAACACUCUGCCCAAACGCAUGUCUUCAGAAGGUACCCACAUCAGUGUGGAGUAGACCUGGGCAAAGAAACAAGUUGAAGGUGGAUGGAUUGAGUUUUCAAUGAAACCACCACUGCCAACAUGUUAGAAUGAGCUCUAGGUGUGUGUCCAGAGGCCUCCUUUUGAAAAGUCAGUUUGCCCAGGUCUAGUGUGGAACGACACAAAAAGGUGAAGUUGCUCCUGGAGCCUGAUUCGGGGUCAGAUUUGUAACCUCCAUGCCAGUGAAAAUCACGUAAGCCACAAAUCUGAUCCUUCAUCGGUGCAUCAGGCAGCUUCACCUUGGCAUGUGGGUGCACCACCAUGUGUGCUGUGGUUUCUGUUUAGCAAGAGUAUACUCUAAGUUUCUAGCUGCACCUCAUUCAUUCACCAUCGUAGACUCACCUUUUUCUCGCUAAGGGUUGGAUUUUAACUUUUGGAGCAGUUGUUGUUGAUUUGGAAAGCAUCAAAAGAAUUGAGGUUCUCCAGCAUUGGUGGGUGUCCCAGACCUGUAAUGACCUUCAACAUCUAGUUGACUGGAUGUUUUUCCUGCCUGUCCAUCUGCCGACCUGUGCACACACACACUCGGUGCACAUCAGCCGUCUUCCAGUAGCUAAAACCGGCAAGCUAGGGUCACAGGAUUUUCCGAGAGAAGUAUUUGAACUCGGUCAGUAAUUAAAGCAAUGUGUCGGGCUCCUUUCCCCAAAGCUCUCUUGAGAGUGGUGUAAACAUUUUGGGGGGAGAAGCUUUUGCAUUUUUCCGUUGUGUACUUAAAGGAAAGAACGUUACUCAUUUCACGGAUUGAAAGGAGUGAGAACUUUAAUCGCUUUGCCGUAUGUUUGAUCUACUCUGAACUGUUAUCCUCAUACUUGGAGUGUUUAAUACUUCACAAAUGUUGUUACAGUUAAACGGAAAACAUCGAACUAGUGUUUAGAUACUUUCCUUUUAAACUGCACAAACUCUGCUAAACAGUGAAUUCUGUAAAUACUGGUUUCCACCUCACCUUCUCCCCUGUUUCCUCUCUCUCUCUUAACUCCCACCUCACUGGGUUUUGGUGUGAGAAGUGUGGUCUGCUCUGUCACUUUUACAGGAUCAUGUGCAGUUUUUUUUUUCCACUAACAUGCAUGCACCAAAUAACCGUCCAAUGUGACGUUCGGAUCAAACAUCGAAUGUCAUCAUUGCAGAGGUUUUGUGAGUUACAGUUAAGAGAGAGCUCCACAACAGAGUGUUCAGGUUGUGCUAACCUCACACCGACUGUGAGUUCAUGGUCCUCUUGUCUGUCUUCAUCUGUCGUCUUUAUCUACAGGUCCACCCAGAAUGUCCCCGAAAUCCCAGCGGACACCUCGUGCUCACAGAGUACCACCCUGCCGGACCGGUGGAGUACCUCCAGGAGUGGACCUAAUUUCCCAUAAUGCACCAGGAGAGGUUUCAGUCACUCCACCAACCAGGAGCAGCCCCUCUGGUGGGACAUGGUCAUCAGUUGUUAGUGGAGGUAGAGCAGUUCUUCUGUAGUGGUUCAGUCUUCAUGUUCAGGUGAGUUUUUGUUUGCACUAACUCUCCGUCCCCCUCCUCAGCUCACAGACCUCGUUCCCCCAGACAGAACAGCAUGGGUGGAGCGUCCCCUGGAUCCUCAUCCCUCCCGUCACCCCAGACGGGAACAACACCUGUGGAAACUGCUGCCACGCCGACCUCAGCUUCCUCUCCUACUGCUGCUAGCCCCGCCCCCGGCAUGGUUGCCUCUCCUUUAGCGGAUGGUGAGCUCAGAAUUAGGGUUCGGGGUGGAAGGGCUGCUGCUAUGAGCCAAAGCGAUGUUUGAAAAAUCCUGUCUUUACUUUCAAGCCGGAUUACAGUGAGGGUUUGUUUUCUGUUUUGUAAAGCAAAAGAGUGUCGCGUUCAGGAGACGAGACAGACAUCCCCCACUGCAAACAAGGAGAACAUCAAGCCCAUAGAAAGUUCACCUAGUAUCACCAGACCAGUUUGUAAAGGUACACAUCACUCCGGACACAAUCCCAUGAUUCAGACCUCACAGUUUUUCUACAUUUUGACCAUCAUGUUAUGAAUAAAUGUCUUAAUGAUUCCUCUCUCUUUUUGCAUUUCAGGACCCCCUUCUAUGGCCCCAGACCACAGAAAACAAAUAGACAAUUUAAAGAAAUUCAGCGUAGAUUUUAGGGUUAGUAUUUCUUUUCAUUCCGAGGUAGAGGAAAAAUCUGUCACCACAAAACCUCUAACUCAGACGCUUGUGUGUGUGUGUGUGUGUGUGCCAUUUCUGACUCUCCCUCUCAUCUUUAGUUGCAGUCUAGUUCAAAUUCUGACCCUGCCUUUGACCAGAUGAUGACCAAGCCUCCCAGAGAUCCAGCAGACAAGCCUAAAGACCUUCCCCUCGACAAAACCUCCACGGCGGGGCGAGAGGCCAUCGAUGAGGGCGUAGGGAUUACCGCGGGCACCCCCAGUUGUGCUCCCGCUCCAUCCGCUAACACCACCAACACCAGUAAGCCUGGCAGCCCCGCCGCACUGUCCCCGUCUCCCUCAGCUCCGGACAUGAAGAGGGGAGGACUAGAUGUGACAUCACAGGGAGUUCAAACGACAGCGACAUCCACAUUCAGUGGGCCAAAGCACGAAGAGAAGGAGGAGAAGAAGGAGGCCGUGCAAGAGUGAGUGAAAAGGACUGCCGGGUCUUUUUAUCUCAACGCAAACAAGAUUUCAUUUAUGAUCGUUCUAACGGGCUAAUGUUUCUCUCUUCCUCCUUACAGUCAAGUUAGGAAAUCAACUCUGAACCCAAAUGCCAAUGAGUUCAAACCCAGAUUCAAUACACAGGUCAGUCCUCCCUGCUGCUCCCAGACUCCAGGAUCUAAAAACCUCCAACUGAGAUUGUCAAUUUAUUCAUUUUUGUUUCUGUGUCUCCUUCAUGUUCACCUUCAUCAGCCUAAACCAGCCAACACCCCGACGCCUCCCCGGCCUCAGGGCCAGCCCAGUCCCUCCAUCGUGGUCCAGCAGCCUCAGGCCGUGUACGGCCAGACAGUCUGCUUCCCUCAGAUGUAUCCUCUCACACCUGUUAGUCCUGGAGUCCAGGUGAGACACACAGCAGCAUGCUUGGAUAUGAACCACGAAGAGAGUGGUGACUGUGGUUGAAACAAACCUUAAAUAACUUAUUUAUUUAUUUAUUGCACCAUUUCAAAGAGAUUAAACAAAAAAAAUGAUAGGUAAUAAUGAAACAGUGCAGGCGGUGGCAAAAAAGCUACAGUAGGCUUAUUUGAAGCCUUCCCCUUAUAAUAGCCUAAUAUUAAUGUUACAAUUUAAUGUACAAAAGCACAAGAUAGCAUGAAAAAACUAAUAAAAUAAUAGUGACCACCAUCAUAAGAGCCUUCAACAUGUCCUCAUAUGUUUAUAUCUGUAUUUUAAUCAUUUAUUAUCGAUACCAUCAGAUUUUUAAUAAUUUUAGGACCGAACCUAAAUUCAGUUCUUUAUUUUUAAAGUACAGCAGUGCUCCACAUUUGGAGCCCACAUGAGUCUAAUGGUUUUCCUCCUGAUCAAAGCUUGUCUUAGGCGUCAGCUGUGGAGUGGGAAUGAAAACCUUCCCAGCUGUCUGUUGUCUUUAAGUGUUAAGACAUGUUUCAUUUUUUCAAAUGUUGUCAAAGACUGUCUGAAAAAUUAAUGAUUUAUGAUUGGGAAAUCAAGCUGUAGUGGAUCUGAAUGCUUUAAUCUCUCCUGAUGUCUCGUGUUUGCCGGAGCGCAUCAGCCAGACACUGAUUUCUAAAUAUAUGUAUAUUUAUUUUUCACUGGUUUCCAUCACCGGGUCUGUUUAUUUUGGAGGGGAAGAUAGGUUGUUGUAUUGUUAGGGAUUACCGCUAAAGGACCAUUUAAGACUAAUGCUGCGUUCAGAAGUCAGAUUUCGGAGCUGAAAAUGACGUCACACCUGAGUUAGGGCUUGUUAUUUAUCGGACAAGGCAAGCCCUAAAAUAACUUGCGUAGAUGUAGUCAUCUUGUUUCCACCUCCAAUUUUGCUUUUUUCCGACUUGGUAAUUGAAAUGCUGAAACGCUGAGCGCACCAUGCUGCUGCUUUGUCUACAGUCCUGUGUGAUGUUUGUGGUUUAGGUAUUUGAGCAACAGAACGGCAUCUCCGUUUAGUCCUCCUGGAGGAUGAUUCAAACUCUUUCACCAUCUCCUUUUUCCUUCCAGUCGUUGAGAUAUUUUUGUUUUGUUUGAAAAUGUUUUUUGUCAAUAUUUACAACAGUAUGCUAAAUGUAAUGAUGGUCAUGACAGUGUAAAGCUCAUUUAACUCUGUUUCUAACCAAAUGUUGCAGCUUUAGCCAUGAAUUGAUUGUAUUUCUCUGUGUGUUGCUUUAAGAAAAACUUGGUGAUCCAACAUCAGACUCUUGAAAACGUUAAAAUACUUUGGUGAACAACUAAAGAGUGGUUCUCUUUCCCUUUUUCUCCCCCUCCUCCUCUCUCUCUUGCUCCAUUAGAAAAGCAUAAUAUGGAAGGUUUGUGCAUUUUUUAAAUCCUUUCUGUUUUUUUUUUUCAAAGGCCAAAUCAGUAUUUAGAUGUUUUGUUUGCUUGUUGAAUUACUGCCAUCAGAUGUUGGUUUGCCAACUUCUUAUUGCAAUUCCUUUUUAACUGUCAUCACAGAUGGGCUUCAUCUUAUUUCUAUUGGCUUCAUCUGUUCAGCGGACAAACGGCUGACUACUUAUAGGAGUCUAAGCCUCUUGUCUUUGCUACAGUACUGUUUAUAAUAGAAGUGCAUGGAUUAUGAUGUGGAGGAGUUCAGAUAAAGUGUUUGGGUUGAAGUCAUGAUAGUAAGACACAGAUUCUGCCCAUUGAUAGACAGGAAUAAAAUAUGCAUGUGGCCCCAGGUAAGAGAUAAUCCCCUCACUCUCACAUGCACAUGUUUUGAUCAGAUCUCUUUGUGUAUCACUGCUGUCCGAUGAAAAACACGCAUCUCCACUUUUAGCGCUCUGGACUUUUUCAAUACAUGCAUGGUCAUAGUCUUUCCUAACAACCCGUAGUUUUGGGUACCCAAAUGACCGAUGGAAAGACAUUUUAUAACAUCGUCUUUUUCACAUGUAUCUCCAUUGGGUGUCUGAAGUGUCAACAAAGCACGAAUCUCCCGCCCUGGCCCUGCGUUGUCAUGUCAGCAAACAGACUCUGUGACAGACUCAUUACAGUGCAGAGUAAUGCCACACUGAUGUCGUCACAUUGACUGAUGCCGACCUCAAACUUUGUUGUAACCAUGACAGCGUUGCCUACCUGUAUGUUAGAUUUCUUGAGCCGAAGUUCAUCCGCAGAGGCAAAGCUGCUGCUGUUUUCUCUCUCACACUCGGUCGCGGACACUAGUGCAUGUUAAAUUGGGAGUUGUGACUCAAAAAGGUUGACAAUCAUUGUGCUAUGUGGAACUGUAGGAUAGCCCGCAAUCAAUCCAGUAUUACUCACAAUGCAAAGCACGUAUGUCCGUUUAAAAUAUCAAACAGGUCACUUAUGACUGUGUCAAUAUAGAUUUUGAUUUCGGGUCCUAUUUGUGUCCUAAUACAGUGUUUUGGGUUUAUUCUAUAAGGUAGUUUAUGAAUAAAAAUUUUUUUAAUGUUCCUGAAAAAAAAAAAACACAUUUUGGAGAUACGUGUUUUUUAUUGGACAGCAAAGAUAUGUGGGUUAGUGCUGUUUAGUUGUUGUCCAGCCUCACUGAAGCAUUGGGACAAAUGAGCAGAAGUUCUUUUUUUGUUAUAGUUGAGGUUUGGUUUUCAUACUUCCAUGAGAAGAUUGAACACACAUUUGUUUUCUUCAUCCUCACUCCCCUCCUCACUCCAGUCUCCAGCUAUGUACCAGGUUCAGAUGCCUCAUAUGACGGUCAGCCAAUCCAAACCCUACAGACCAGGUAAAGGUGAGAACAACCGCCUCUUUUCCCCCUCACAUAAACCUCCUUCUCUCUCUUUCCCUCACUUCUCCAUGAUUCUGAUCAGCUCAAAAUGAAGGACUAUUAAACCGAACUCCUUCCUGUGCAUGACCCUACAGUACCCAACAUGCCCCAGCAGAGGUCAGACCAGCACCACCCGCCUGGCACGCCCACCAUGAUGCACCCGGCGACGGCAGCAGGACCCCCUAUUGUAGCUCAGAGCCCCGCUUACUCUGCCCAGUACUUCACCUGCAGCCCACAGCAGUUCACCAGUCAGCCUCUAGUCCAGCAGAUGACACAUUACCAGUCACAGGUAAUAUUUCAUCUCAUCACUGUUUCCAGUCCAGAAGGCUCCUCUAUCAGGGCCAAUAUGUUACCAUUACUGUUAGUGUGGAACCAUCAGUGAGAGCUGGCAGCGUGUGUGACUCCCAGCUGUUCACUGGUUUGUUUGACAGAUGCAUGCAGCCCCAGCAGCCUGACUGAAUGCCAGCACCGUGCUGAUGUUUCACCACAUCUGAUAUGUGGAGUGAACGGUCGUCUCUGACUGACUCGUGGAGCGUUGUUGGGUGUUAGCGAGCAGCAGAAAACACCGGGGCAACAUAAUUAGCACACAUCGAUUUCUGGAUGGGAAAUCGGUUUUUGUUUCAGAAAGAAAAAUGCUGUGAAAGUUGAGUUUAGACCGUUUGACACGAUAUUGUAGAGGAGAGGAGUGAGAUCUUAAAUAAUUCAAUGUGUGUAGUUUUUUGUUUUCUUUUAUCGACGGCUUUAGAGAGAGCUUUAAAUGAGGAAAACUACUCAUUAUUUCUCUGCUGAUUCAGUCCUGUGCAGGUUUGUGUUGAAAUCCUUUUGCUGCUUUCUCCUGUGAAACUUUGUCAUGAUGAUUGAUGCUGGAUCUCUCUCUGUCAUUCUGAGCUGAGAGUUGCUUUAUUGUUGUCCGGCCUUGUUAGCAUGAACCAAGCUCAUAUUUCUUCUAAACAUGCAUCAAUCAAUUGGCGCCGAUUUCCUCGAUUUUGGGGGAUCGGUGAUCAGCUGAUCCUUACAUAUGAAACCGAUUUUAUCCACCGAUCUUAUCUACCUGAGCAAAGGUCUGAAAGUCAGCCGUUGUAGCUUUUUGCUUUGCCAGAAUGACAGGCCCGCCCGCCAGGUCACGUGUGCACGCGUGCGUUAGCCAUCCACACACACAACAUUCAUCCGGAGCAUGAUCAAUCAAACAUGUUGAACCCACUACAAGGAUUGUCGUAUUGCUAGUUUGUCCUGUCGAUUAUUAUUCCUCAAACCUUGUGAUUUCCUGUAUUUGUCAAAGCAAAAUACUGCUGUGCUCUUUAUUUUGGUAAGAGGCUCAAAACAGGCCUGCAGUGGGACCUGCUGCGCAAGUAUUGAUAAUUUUUAAAAUGUGGAAAAUAAAAGACUAAAGGAGCUGAUAUAAUAAAGUAGUUUGGAAAACAAAAUUCUAAACUUAACAUUUGUAUUUGAGAGAACUACCUUAUGUGCAGUUAAAACGAACACAAAACGUUUGUGUUGUUUCACAAGUAUUGUUCAGUGUUUUUCAUUAAAAUAAGAGUUGGUAUCUGUGAUCGGCCAGAAAAUUGUGAUUGGUGCACCCCUAAUUACUUCAUUUUUGUCUUCAUUUUUCAUUUUCUGAAUUGGUUAAAAAUGGUUACACACUCUGGAUCUGAUGCUGAUGCUGUGUUUUGUGUGUGUGUGUGUGUGUGUGUGUGUGUGUCCUCCUCCUCCAGGCACAGCAUGUGUUCAGUCCAGUAAUGCAGGGCAGUGCCAGGAUGAUGGGGCCUCCCACGCACGGACAGCCCAGCCUCGUCUCUUCUUCUACUACACAGUACCCCGAGCAGACACACGCCAUGUAUGGUACGAGACAGCACCCAUGAUGCUUUUUGUGUUCCUCUCAGAGUGCUCGGGUCAUGUCUCUGUGCUGUUUUUUCAUACUUUCAUCCUCACUCACACUGAUCCCCGUCUCUCUCAGUGUCUCCAGGGCCGAUGCCUCAGCAGUACCCCCACCCCAGUACCACCCUGCACCCUCACCCGCAGCACCCCCAGCAUCCUCAGCCCUCUGCCACUCCUACAGGACAGGGCCAGCAGGGUGGUCCCCCGCAACAUGGAGGUCCUCCUAACCACCCGGCGGCCAGCCCAGUCCAGCACCAACAGCACCAACAGGCAGCCGCAGGUGAUGACAUGAAGGCUUUGAUUCCCCUACCUGAGCUGGUGGAGCUGUGUUUCCAUCUCAGUGUGGUUUUUUUUCGUGUGUUGUAGCGGCCGCAGCAGCCCAGGCCCUGCACCUGGCCAACCAGCCUCCGCAACAGCAGAUGUACUCGACCUUAGCCCCCACGCCCCCCUCUAUGACCCCAGGGCCCAAUCCUCAGUCCCCACAGGCAUCGUUCCCCUCUGCCCCGCAGACAGUCUACAUCAACCCACAGCAGGUGCAGCACGGCUAUAACCACAACCACAUGGCACACGUGCAGCAGGUGAGUCCAAAACUAGCUGCUCUCAGCUGGCUGAACUAUCCGAGCAGCUCUGACCCGCAGAUCAGACCAGCAGUGUUUUCAUCACAGAGUUUUAAAUGUGGGAGUCAGGGAGUCUGGGAUCAGGUCCAGCAGAUGUUUGAGUUUAUGAAUGGGUCGUGUUUGAGUGAAGACGCUGCUGUGAAGUGGAGGGCAUGCAAUUAGGCAGACCUUGAGAUGUAAUUGGUUUAUAUGCUAUACCGCUUUUAGAGAGGUUUGAUUUAGCACUCCACAGAAAAGAGAGGAAAACACUCGUCUUUUAUUGAUCAGAAAUACCUCAGCUACGUCAGGUCCACAUAGAGAUCGAGAAAUGUUGGGAAAAAAGCAGCUAACAGGGUUUUCAUCUCUCUCUCUCACAAACAGGCUCAUAUGCAGUCUGGUAUGGUGCCGUCUCACCACCCAGCGCCCACCCACCCCACCAUGAUGCUGAUGGCCACCCAGGGUCCUCCAGGAGGUCCGCAGCCCCCCAUGCCCCAGACUGCACUUAACACCAUUAACCCCAUCCCCGUUUCUUCCACCACACAUUUCUCCUACCUGGCACAUCCACAAGGUACGUUGAUUUUAUGAGCCAGCACGCUCCUGCUGGGUGAAUACUCGUUUACCUCAGGGGGGGGAUCAUUAGGAUGUGGAGUUUGUUAUACCCUAGUUGUGUUGUGCUUAUAAAAUACACUUUGAUAACUUAUUGAAAUCUUAUUGUAGUGACAGCGGCAUGUUUACAAGCAGAGCAGAUCAACAGUUCAAGAUCUCUUUGUUGUAUUUUUCAUUUCAUGAUUCACCAAAUAUUUUCCUUGGAUGACAAGUCAGGGCUCCAGACGAUCCAGUUAAGCCCACAGACUCGUCUGCUACAGGCUCUCGGUGUUGUGAUACAUACAGAGUGUGGAUUUAGAUUGUGUUUCUAAAUGUGAGCAGACUUUGGUUUGUGCUUAAAGUGUUUUUGAAAAGUUGCCUGUGAGCAAAUUAACUGAAGGAAAGAGGUUUUUCAUGAUGCUGUUGAGAUAUGAAAGUUUUUCAACAGCACUUCAGCUCUACCUGUUUUUAAAUACUCUAUAUCUGCUGAUAUCAUUCAUUGACAUUCCUCAUGAGGAACAAGAAAUAAACAGUGAAGACAUGUAGUGGCAUUAGCAGCAGAUCCAGGUCCUCCUAAACAAGUACAUCUGCACAGACCUCCAUCGUAGAUGUUGGCCAAAUUAGUAUCCCAAGUCCCACCCCUCUUGAUUUUGAUUGGUUAGUGAGGAAGAGGCAACAUUGAUGAGCAGGCCUGUGCCCUGAAACUGAACUACAUUCAACUAAGAGGGCGGAAAAGAAGUGACAAAGAAGGCGCUGAAAACUCUCAACUGCUUUGAUUUAGUAAAAAGAAAAAAAAAAUCAUGGGUCAGUCUGAUUCCUAAAGUUCUCCUCUCAGAUCUCUAAAGGACCAGCAGAAGCUAAAGACGGUCUCUACUUUUUUUUGUAAAGCGUGAACUGAGUUAUUCGGGAGGAUCUCUUGAACGCACACUUUUCCCAUUUUCCCCCAUUUUGUCUCGUCUCUCCGCAGUGCAACCUCAUCAUCAGCAGCAGCUGUAGAUAGAGGGCGCCAGCGAACCGAGGGACCCGAUCUGCGUCACGCUUCUCAGCCAGAGCCUUCAUAACCAGGCGAUGAAGAGAAUGAGAGCCCCUCCCUCUCCUCUCUUUCCUCAUCUUCACCAGACAUGCUUCACAUCAGCUUUUCUCUCCCCUUCCUUCCUUCCUCCCUCCCUUCCUCCCUUCCUCCCUCCCUGACUAGGCAAUAAGAGAAUGUUAACAGGUUGAUGCAGUGACAUGAUUUAAUAAAACUAAAGAGUUGUAUUGGAUAAGACUGAUCCAAUGCAGCCCCUGAUAUCUGCAAAAAUAACACACACACUCACUCACAUAUACACACACACACAUAUACACACAGUUACACACACUUUCAGGGGUCCCAAAUUGCAAUUUGAGUCAGCUUGCCAAGUAAGAUGUGAAAAAGAGAAGGAGAGAAACUAAUCAGUGAGAGUGAAGAAGGAGAAGAAACUUCAACUGGAACUUGUAUUUUGUCUGCACCUUGUUAUGAAAAAGAAAAUCUUCCGACCUUUAGACAGUAUUAAUCUUACUGUUUAUUGCUGCUGCUAUGUGCUGCGUUUGUUUCCAGACUACAUUAAAAAGUUUCUAACCAAACUAAAAAAAGAGAAAACACGAGAAAUGACGAGAAGCUUCCUGUGAAACGAACAUGUUAGGCAGCCAAGAAGACAGGAGAAACGUUAUUUAUGAAAUUAUAAUGGCAGAGGUGAUCAGAUCCCACUUCUCACCUGACCCUUAUGUAACUUUUAAGUUAAAAACUUUUACUUUGUAGAUAAUAUAAAUAAUUUAAAAAAUGAGCAAAAAAACUUAAAAACAAUAAAAAAGUUUUAAAAACUGA